ACUAUAAUAAAGUUAUAAAAAUACCAAAAAUGGUAAAUUUUACGAUAUUUUUGACGCAUUUUCCCUACGAACAUUUAGCAGAUAAACGAACUAAACAUUGGCUUUUGGUGGAUUCAUUUUGGAAUAUGAUUACUUUGGUGGCUUUGUACUUGUUGUUAGUAUUUUAUAUGCCUAAAUGGCUUAAAAAUCACAAACCUUUGGAACUGAAAACCAUACUUAUAGUCUAUAAUAUUUCAAUGGCUGCUCUUAAUGCUCAUAUAUUCAAGGAAAUAUUUCUCUCAACUUGGCAUUUAAAAUAUAAUUACUUUUGUGAACCCUGCAAAUUGUUAUACAGCAAAUAUGAAAUGAAGAUUGCUACAGCUGUUUGGUGGUUUUACUUCUCCAAAUUACUUGAGUUUGCCGACACUAUCUUUUUCAUAUUACGGAAAAAGUAUGAACAACUAAGUUUCCUGCAUAUAUAUCAUCACAGCACUAUGUUUCCUUUAUGGUGGAUAGCAAUUAAAUGGGUGCCAACCGGUUCAACAUUCUUUCCAACUUUAAUAAAUUCUUUUGUUCACGUCGUCAUGUACACAUAUUACGGUCUGAGUGCAUUUGGACCAACAAUACGAAAAUAUCUGUGGUGGAAGAAAUAUUUGACUCUACUACAAUUGACACAAUUCACAGUUGGGCUACUCUGGGCUGUUCAGGCAAUUGUGUACAAUUGUGAUUUUCCAACUUGGAUCAAUUAUGCUACAAUGUUUUAUAUGAUUUCAUUUCUAAUAUUAUUUGGACGUUUCUAUACUUUGAAAUAUAAACGAAAAUGUUCAAUAAAACAUAAAUAA